CACACACACACUUCUUGCUCUCCUUCUAUUUUCGUGUUGGCAUCUACGUACAUACUGACGUCGUCUAUAACCCGGCCUAUCAGAUAUUUACAAUCGAGGGUUCAUCCGGAUAAAUGUCGACUGCGGUAGUUAUACCAACAUACAACAUACAACAUACCCCAGAUGGGAUGCUGUAUGUACGGUACGAAAACGUACACUGAAACUCACUUAAUUAAUAUUUCCACCAUUGGCACGACUCCCCCUCCGUUAUGGUCCAGUUUAAUCUCGAAUCUGCCGGCGAGUCCAGAGGAGUAUUUAUUCGACGGCUUCGCUCGUAGCCAGACCAGACCAGACUCUUGAGUUUGUAUUCCCACAGGGGGCACAAGGUUAUACAUACUAUACCAUACUUACCAAGCCACCACCACCACCACCACCAUAACCAUGCAUCUACUCGGAGCAUACUCGCUGCUCCUAGCAGCCGCGUCCUGCGCCGACGCGGUCCGCACCAUCAUCCCCAAAACAAGCUUCGACUCGCAGGCCAACUUCGACGCGGACUGGGCCUACAACUACCCGUGGGGCACCGAUCACAACGGCGGCGCGCGCAUGGACAAGGCCCAGGUCCAGUUCGCCAACGGCAUGGUGACCCUCACCGCGAAGAAGGUCACGGGCCAGAAGGACGCCACGUCCGGCGGCAAGCAGAUCAAGAUCAACUACCUGUCGGGCGCCAUCCACGGCAAGGAGCACUUCACCGUGGCGCAGGGCGGCGGCUACGACUUCUCGGGCGAGUUCAAGGCCACCACCACCAAGGGCACGUGGCCCGCGUUCUGGCUGACGGCCGUCGAGGGCUGGCCGCCCGAGAUCGACAUGGCCGAGUGGAAGGGGUCCGGCAAGAUCUCCUUCAACACCUUCAACACGUCCUCGGUGCUGUCCUGGAAGGACGUCACCUACGCCACCCCGGACCAGUUCCACUCCAUCAAGUGCGAGAUCCGCGACAUCAACCAGCGGGAUGUCUCCGUCAAGUUCUACAUGGACGGCGCGCUCGUCACGACCCAGGUCGGCGGCAACUUCUUCGGCAAGGCCAUGUAUCUGAUUAUCAACUUGCAAAUGGAGGGUUCGUCCGGAUCUCCAGGUCCUACCAGCAACACGCUGUAUCAGGUGCGCAACCUAGAGGUCUUGAGCUAUAAUCCGUAGUGCGGGGUGUAACAGCAUAGGUAGGUAGGUAGACAAGCAAGGAGUUUGCAGAAAUAUCCCACCUAUUCUAACACCGAAGCCUCGGUUCCUAUAUAUGAACCCAAGCGAAGACACCGUAGGUCUGAUUGUUGGCAAGAGAACCGAAAUACGGGGUUAAACAAGCGUAAAAGGCUAUCUAUCUAUCUUCAAUAACAUCCUUCAAUAACAUAUGCAGUACCGUCUAGUGACCUGCGUAACCGUGAACGGAUUCAUGAUUGCCUAUUAGAAAGACCAGUCUAGAUAUAAGUGUCAUAUAAGUGAUAAGUGCCAUAUAAGUGCC